AUGACCGCUAACGCAGAAUCGAAUCUUUCGUCAUCGAUGUCACAAUAUGAAGGCACGAGUACAUCAACGAGACUAUCUCGAAUAGAUACGAUACCGCAAUCACCAGUUCAUCAACGGCGAUUACCAUUACCAAAUACAUUAACAUUCGAACAGAGCAUUACAAAUCUUCUCGAAAAAGAAUCUCCAUUAUUACAAUCGGAAUUGUUAACAGCUGAACACGAACUAUCUGUUUUACGUUCACGUUUAGCUGUCAACGAAGGUGUAACAGCUGUAACAGGUACUAUUCUCGAAUCACUCAAAGAACAGUUUGAACCACAUCACAAAGUUGAUAUCGCAACUUCACCACUUGACAUCUAUAAGCAUAGUUUAUUCAAUCAAUCGUUAGCCGUUCAAACAUCGCCCAUGAUUGAAUCAUUUCCUGAAAUUCCCGAAUCGGUCGAGAUCCAUUAUGAUGCUCAAGCUCCAAAAAGUCCGUAUUUACUUGUUAAAGCGAAGAAUUUAUUUUGGAUCGCACAGCCAAUACCUAUAUCCGAAGCUGAAACGCAUUUACAGAAGUUUUCAUCGCCGGUCAUGAAACGUGCAACUGUCAAAUUACCACCAGCAUUCGAUCAGACAUUCUUAACUGACAGCGAAACUGAAGAAGAACUUGUGGCAACAGAAGAACCAAACAAACGACAACCACCAUCACCAUCAGUCGACGAAAAACCGUUAACGAUAGAAAAUGUUCAACGUUUAGCUGAUAAACAUCUUCGGAAGUUGAAACAAAGUGAAAAUAGCUGGUCAAUGGAAGUUAUUCCACCGUCAGUAGUCGAAGAAACAAGUAGCCCGACAAGAGGGAAGUCUACUCAUCAAGAUUCAUUGGUUACUUCCGCGGGCAAUCUCUGUACAUUACCGAUAGAACCAACGUCAGAGUUGAUUGAAGAGAAUCUGAAGACUGAAAUCUCACCGGAAGAUCAACGUUCAUUUCCUGAUGUAAAAGAGCAGAUUUCUGAAAUGAAAACUAUUCGUUCUUCAUCACUUCUACAAAUUGAAGAUCAAAUCGAACAAUUCGACGAUAAGAUCGAUGAACUUUAUUCGAUUAUUGACUAUUUAAAGAACAAUCAGUUUACCGCAGCUAACUUCCAAGAUACUCUUACGAAAAUUCAUGAUUUGAAAGCACUCAUGUCGGAUAUUCAGUUGAACAAAACUGAUGAAUUACGCAUUGAAUACGAAUUAGAUGAAUUAGAAAAUUUAUUUCAAACUAUCAACGAAAAUUUACAGAAUAACGUUCAUCAAGAAGAUUAUAGUUUAAUUGAAUUAUUCGAACAAAAUGUCAACGAGUUACGUCGAAUUAUCAAUGAUAUCAAAUCAAGUAAAAUCGAGGAUUUGCAACCGACUAGAACUGAUAUUGUUGAACAGGAAUCGAAAGUAUCAGCAGAAAACGAUUGGACACCUGAACAAAUGGCUGAAUAUUUUCAUCGUGGACCUGAUGGCCGAUUAUUGUCACCUCGGCAAUCGCAAUCUCAUCUCAUUCCUGAAGAUCCUGUCAUUACACGCGACGUCUUUUUCGAAGGAGAUAAACCUCCUCGAGAAAAGAAAACUUCAUUAACACAUACCACUCAUCUCAUACCGGAAGAAGCGCGAAUUAGUGCAGAUAGUUUCUAUGAAGGUGAUAUCCAUCGUUCAUUCUAUCACAAAGCGAACAAAGACAAUGAUACGAGUGAACAUGAAAAACCGCUCAUACCGGAAAGUCCGCUGGUAUCGGGUGAUGUUUUCUAUGAAGGCGACUCACGUCGCUCACUAUUUGUCGAACGUACACCAUCGAUACAUGCUGAACGACAGUUAAGAUCACCAUCACCACCAUCAUCAAUUGAUAAUCUUCGAGACAUUAUGAGUGAUCUUAUGCUUGCUGCUUCGUGGACAAAAAAACCGACGAAAAUCGAAGAACAAUCAGUGAGAGAAGAUGAAGAAGUUUUAGCGGAAUCGUUUAUUACAACUGAACAACGUCAUCCGCCUGCAACUUCAUACGAAAUCGUGCAUGAAAUCGAAAAUUUUCCGUUAUCAUCAUCAUCAGCCAUUCAAAUCGAAGAACGCGAUACCAUCUCUCCAUUCAGUGCCGAAAUACCUAUUGUUAUACAUCGAACGAUCUUAACUCGACAAGAGACUGAACGUUGGCCACAAGAAGAAUCACAAUUGAUCGAAGAGCCCACAGGUGAAUUGGAAAAAAUUACACAUGAAAUUCGAUCGCACGCUCAAGAUUGGAUACAAUCAUCGAACCAAAGAAAAGAAGUCUAUGGCGAACAGUAUCGACCCGAACGAAGAUUUAGUGAAGAAUUUCCACCGACCACAACACUUCAACAACAGUCUACUACCAGUGAAAUGGAGUUAAAACAAUCGACUGAAGAUAUUGAAGAUGAAACAAUAGAAGAUGUGUCACAUGAUUACGAGCACCGAGAUGAAAAUGAACAAUCGCACAUUGAACGAACUUGGAGUACAGAUAAAAUCUUCGAACCUUCGUCAACAAUCGAAGCUGAACAUGAAUCAUCGAUUCGUACUCCCGACCAAACACAUGAAAAAUUAAUUUCGGAUGACAUCACUGUCGACAAAGAACAAGAUCAACAAUCAGGCAAAUUUUAUAUUGGAACACCGCAAGAUGUUGAACAGGAAGAAACUUCAGCUGAUCAACAUGAAGCGGGGCCCGAUGUACAAGAUCAACACAAGUUGCAGUCAGAACUAAGCUCUGAAAAGGUCGCAGUAGAUGAAGUGAGAUCUGAGCGCAAGCCAAGUGUACAACAAAUUAUCACUGGAUCAACUCAACAUAGCGAAGAUGAAGAUGAGAAACAUGAAGAACCAAAUUAUUCAUCACAACAACAGAUUAACGUUGACCAAGCUUUCCUAAGAUCUUCACUAAUUGACGAUAAGGGUCAUCAAGCUGAACAAUUUUCCAGUGAUAAAGGAACUGUGAUUAUACCUGGUGAAACACUUGAACAAGAAAGACGUGAUAUCGAAGAUGAUCAUAAGCUUGAACAAAGACGAAGCUCGGAAAGAGCUCACACCGAAUCUCCUCAACCCAGUGAACACGAAGAAGAUGAUCAUCAAGUUGAAGAUAAAAUGAAAUCUGAAGAAGUUCCGGUUGACAAAAAUGUUGAAAUUGAUGAGAAAUCAAUUUCAAGAAAAGUUAGUACAACAUCAUCACGACCCAGCGAACAUGAAGAGGAUGUACUUGAAUCAUCUCAAGACAUCCAAAGUCAUAUGUAUGAAAAAGAAAGGCGGCUUAGCACCGAGGAAAGUCCAGUCGCAGCUCAACACGAAAGUGAAUCAUUCCACUACGACGAACAUGCUAUUGAAUCUUCACGAGAAAGUGAGCACGACGAUGGCGAGCAAACAGAUCAGCAUUUUCCAGAACAAAAGCAAAUGAUUGAACAAAUAUCAGUUACGCCUUUGAAUGUAGUCGAACAUGAAGGAGAUAAACAUGAACUAGUGCGAACUCCAAGUGUUGAAGAACCUCGUUUUCAAUCACAGCGACUCAGCGACCACGAACAGUCAACUAUGCAAACUGAAUCAAAAGUAGAAGAUCAACAUGAAGAGCAUUAUUACGAACAAGAAAAACUUCUACACGAAAAUGUGAUUCAAUCACUCUCUCAUGAUACACAUGCAGAAGCGACAUACGAACAACAAUUGACACGAACACCAAGCUCUGAAAAAUCUCGCUCUAGCUCACACCGAUUCAGUGAACACGAAGAAGAAGAGGAAAAACACCUUGAACAGCAAUCUAACGUCGAUAAUACAGUUGUUCAUCCAUCAUCUGACUUCACCUAUCGACAAGAUGAACAUGAACAACGAUUAGCGCGAACACCAAGUGUCGAAAAACUUCAUCAAGAAUCUCCUUAUAUCAGUGAAUCAGAAGAAAAAGAACAUUUUGAACAACGAUCUAACUUCCAAACUUCUAUUUCACCAGUGUCUGACUUUCCGCACACAGAAAUCGAACAUGAGCAUGAACUAGCAAGAACACCAAGUAGUGAGAAACUUCGGUCUCCUUCUCCACCAUUCGAUGAGCAUGAGGAACAAGGAGAUCAUCUCGAUCGACAACAACAACGCAACGUCCACGAAAGUCGUGUUUCACCGUCAUUAGAUUUGCCACAUGACGAAGAAGACCAUCAACAAUCAAGUGUCAAUGAAAUGGCUGGCCAGCCAACAUUCCAAUUUACCCAUCAACAAGAUGAACAUAAGAUGGAACUGGUUCGUACGCCCAGUACGGAGAAGACUCGCUCUCAACCGUCUCACGUUAGUGAACAUGAAGAACCAGAAGAAGAAGAACAACAACAACAACAUCGUUUUGAACGUCAACCUAGUAUUGAGAAAUCUGUUAUUGAAACAGUGUCUCAGAUCACACACACAGACGAGGCAUAUGAACAUCAAUUAGUACGAACACCAAGCGUGGAGCAGCUUCAUUCUGAAUCCUCUCAAUCCAGUGAACACGAGAAAGAGUCUCACGUCAAACAACGAGAAGUUGCCGAUGAAACUAAUAUCCAACUAUCAUCGCAAGCUGAACAUAUAGAAGAGACACACGAACAACAGUUAAUACGGACACCAAGUAUCGACAAGUCUCGUUCUGCAUCUAUUCAUUCUAGCGAGCAUGAGCAGCACGAAAAUGAACAUCAUAUCGAACGACAAACAAGUGUCGAUAACGCUGUUCUAUCUCCAUCAGCUGAAUCUACACAUGUAGAAGAGGAACGUAGGCAAGAAUUACCACGGACACCAAGCGUAGAACAACCGCGAUCUGUAUCUCGUCAAUCUAGUGAACAUGACGAAGUAGAAGUAGAACAUCAGCUCGAGUGUCAACCACAAUCCGACAUCACGCAUGUGGAAGACGAACAGGAACAACAACUAGUGCGAACACCAAGUGUUGAAAAACCGCGCUUGGCAUCUAUUCAAUCCAGUGAACAUGACGAAGAGCUUCGCCUUGAGCGACAAGCCAGCAUCGAUAAAAGUGUAGUUUCUCCGUCAGCUGAUUUCGCCCAAGUGGCAGAUGAACACAAACAAGAGCUAUCAAAAACAUCAAUCGUAGAACAACAUCGUUCUGAAUCUCCUCAACGCAGUGAACACAAAGAAUACCAAGGAGAACACCACUUUGAGCAACAACUCCGUGACGAGAAAAGUGUUGUAACUGGUUUCACACAUGUAGAAGACGACUAUAAACAGGAAUUACUACGAACACCAAGUGUAGAACAACCUCACUUACAAUCUUUCGAAGCCGACGAAGACGAGGAGCGUGAAGAGCACGAUGAAAAAGAAGAACAUCGCUUCGAACGACAAUCAAGCAUCGAUAAAACUGUUAUUCCAUCAUCAGCCGAUUUUAUACAUGUGGACGAGAAACACAAAGAAGAACUUCUACGAACGCCAAGUGUAGAAGAACCGCGUUCCGCAUCUCGCCAGUCCAGUGAAUACGAAGAACGAGUAGAAGAAGAACACCAGCUUGAGCGUCAACCCAGCAUCGAUGAAAUCGUUACCGAACCGUCAUCUCAUACCACACACGUAGAAGACGAACAGAAAAAACAGUUAGCGCAAACACCAAGUAGUGAGAAGUCUCUCUCUGAAUCUCAUCAAUUCAGUGAACAUGAAGAAGAACACCGCAGUGUGGAAAGUGAAUCGGAAGAAGACAAAAACAAAGAAAACCGCCUGGAACGACAACGCAGUUUGGAUCGAACCGUGUCUACACAGUCAUCUCACGUUACUCAUGCAGAAGAUGAACAAACAGAAGAGCAGUUAUUGCAUGCACCAAGUAUUGAAGGACCUCGCUCCGAAUCUCCACGUUAUAGUGAACACGAAGAAGAAGAAGAAAAUUAUGACGAACAAAAAAGAUACGUUGACGAAACAGAUGUUCAACCAAUGUUUCACGUCGAACAUACGAAAGAAGAACAGCUAGUACGAACACCAAGUGUAGAAAAAGUUCUCUCUUCAUCUCUUCAAUCCAGUGAACACGAAGAACAAAUUGAAGAACCUCAUUUCGAACGACAACCUAGUACCGAUAAAACUGUUGUUCAACCUUUUCAAUCGACUAUUGACAAGGAACACCAACAAGAGCAAGAAACUGCUUUCGAACAGUCUCCAGUCAUAUCGGAAAGAAGUAUUGUAUAUGAAGAAGAUCACGAAUCUGAACAGAAGUCUGAAAUCAGUCAUCAAGAAUCCGGAGUGGACGAACUUCAAACAGAGCAACAACAUCACGUAGAAAGAAUUAACGCUGACUCUUCUCCGAUGAUCGAAGAGAAAGAAUUUCAACAUGAACAAUUCUCGAUCGAUAAAGAAACUGUGAUUAGUCCAGUAAGUGCAACACUGACAAGAACAGAUGUGAAAUCUCCGCAGUUCAGUGAGCAUGAAGAUGAAGAAGAUCAAUUCGAAAAAUCAGUCAGUUCGAAACAAUCACUUAUUGAAGAAGAGUAUGUAUCAGAACGGCCAACAAGUUUAGAAACUGUUCACAGAGAAUCACGUCGAUCAAGUGAAGACGACCAUGAACAUCAAUGUGAAUAUCAACAACAUUCGAUUACUGAACAAACACAUGCUGAAUCUCCAACAUCAUCCGAAGAUAAACAUGACAUUCAAGUCUUGAAACCAGAACAUACAGCUGUUGAUACUCAUCGAUCAGUUGAACAUGAGGAAGAAAAAUAUCAACCUGAAAGAAAAGUCAGCUCAGACCAAAUUACCAUGGAAUCAUUGCCAAAGGUAGAACAACAUAAAGAUUUCUAUGAACGUUAUCCAAGCACACAAAGUGCAGGAGAGGAAAAAUCUGAAGUCGCAGAUCAAUCGUCGCUGCAAAGUUCACAGAUAAUUGGAGAAGAACAUUUCGUUGCCGAUGACGACGACGACGAUAAUGACGUUAUCAUGAAAACAUCCCAUGAAGAUGAAAAAGAAGAGAUUCUCCAAACUGUCCAGCCUAUCAAAAGAGAUUCGCACAAAUCUACAGAAGACGAAGAACACGAAACACAACGACAAUUAAGUGAACAUCGCAUCAACACUGAAUCAUUACCAUUAUCUGAUACCGAAAUGGAAACUAAAGAAGAUCAAACUCGAUACGAAAAGCAAUCGAGCGUUGAGCAAGUGCCUGCUGACAGUCAUCCAAUAGUUGAAGGACAUGCAUCUACUGUUGGUGCAAUUGAUCACAAAGAUGACAAAAUGAGCGAUGUGAAAUUUAUUGUUGCAUCUGCACCUUCAUCAUCAUUCGAAGAAGACCGAGAGUCACAAGACUUUAAUGUCGAACCUUCUCAUACAACUGCCGAAAAUCGCGCAGAUAGUUUUGAACAAAGACAUGAUGAUCAAUCGCAUGUACCUCGACGUAAAUCCACCGGUGAAUCGUCAGAUAAUCAAGAUAAAUCUGAUCAAAAGGUGAGAGUGCAUGACAUCGUUGCAAUGUCAUCUCAUGAAGCUGAACAGCCUUCGUUUGGACGCAAAGAGAGUACCGAAGAAAUCAUCACGAAAUCUUCGCCAACUAUUGAAACUAUUCCACAAACUUUCGCUACUUCUCCUAAUAAAACUGAAAAGUAUGAAAGCGGAAUUGAACACGAUUAUAAACCUAUCAGCUACCCAAGUUCGGAAAGAAUCGAUACUCGAUCCCCACCAGCAACUGAACAUGACGAAGAUCAAUAUCCAGAUGAAUUCAUCUCUGAAGAAGUCAAAUCUGAAACGGAAGAUGUGCACAAAUUGGAGAAAGAAAAAUCGAUAGCACAUGAAUCCUUCACUCAAUCAUCACACGAAGAUGACGGCGAACUUCGAAAAGAAGUUAUUCAUGCAUCCCAGAUCUCGAAUGUAGAAGAAGGAGACCAGUAUCAGUCCAAACAUAAACACAGCACUGACCAUCUAGUAGUUGAAGAAGCAUCUCCGAUAAUUGAAUCAAAACACUUUGCACCAACUACAUCGCAAGAUGGCGAAGAACUUCUCUCUUCAGCUGAACAAAGACGAAGUUCAACUGACCAAUUCAGUGCUGAACCAGCGCAAGCGUUAUCAUCAAAAGCAUCGAGUGUCAAGACCGAGGAAGAAGCAACUGAACAAGAAUUUGCACGACGCUUAAGCAUUGACAAAGUGAGUAAUAAAUCACGCGCAGAUAGUGAAUCUGAAGAAGAGCGUCGUGAUGAAGAAAGCAAAGAACAAUCAGAUCAAGACAUUCUCGCCAGUUCUCAAGAACUCGAAGACCAUAAGACAUUUGAUCAUAGCAUUACGGAAACUCAUCAAGAUGAAACAAAUGAUUUCACGAGAUUGUUAAGUGCGGGACAAGUUGCUCUUUCCUUUCCACGACUACUCAAUGAAGAUCAAGUCGAACGUAGUCCGAGCGUCGAAAAGAAAUCCUCUAUUGAAUCUCCUGACGAGCACGACUUAGAAGAUCGUCAUACCACUGAAACAUCACCGAAACAACAAUAUCCAUAUGAAUCGUUUCCAAGUCAAGAUGAACCUUUCCACAUGGAGUCGGCCAAGAGUUUCGAACGAGAAAUAAGCGAUGAGCAUUUUGCCAACGUGCAAUCGUUCGUCCGUUCCGAUGAAGAUGAAGUCGAAAAUGAACAACUGAAACGACCAGAGCCAUGGACACAAUCAGCUUUCCAACGUGAAGAAAUCUAUGGUGACAGAUAUCGACCAGCGAAAUAUGCACUUGACUCACCAGUCGAUGAAAAUCCUGAAUCAUCAUUGAUCUCCCACGUUCAACAUUCAAGUGUCAUAUCUCGUACAAUUCCAUCAUAUCAAGGCGAGGAAGAGUUGGAACACGAAGACGAAAAUGAUUUUCGACCGACACACCUUGAUAUUUCACUUCCUGACGAACAAGAUAAGAAUCUGUUUAAAACAUCUACCCCUGACACAGAAUAUAUUCUUUCCAAAUCGGAUCGAGAUGAUCAAUAUGAGAAAGUUCUUGAACAAACAUCACAGCAAUUCGUCAGUCGAAUUCUUGAUGAAGCUGUCAACGAAACUAUCGAACAAGACAGAAAUUAUUCUCUCUAUCAGACAGCAACAGGCAUUGUUAACGAUGUACUCGAUAAUGUCUACACAAAAUAUGAUGAUGAAAUACCUUCGUCGCAACGUGAUGAGACAACCAGUGCUGAUGUAUCGAUUAGUGACUUAACUGAUUGGUCAACUUUGGUUAAGAACGUACCCGGUGCUAUCACAGAAGAAAAACCAAGUCAACUGACAAGUAGUGGUAGUGAUCGGGUUGACGUCGAGAAAGAAGAAGAACAUUUAACAUCAGAUGACGAAGAAAAAGACAAAUCGAUUGAAAAUAUUACCGGUGAACCAUAUUUAUCCAUAACAGAUGCAGCAACUGCCAAAUCAACACAUGAACUUGCUGACCUUAUGCAAGAGUUACAUAAAUUUGAGCACGAAAUCAACGACAAUGUUGAUAUUAUUCGUUCGUCGUCACCAUCAGCAUCAUCAUCAAUGUCCGACAAUGAUGAAAUUCAUCAUUACGAUGUAACCAUUCCACCGGUAAUCGAAUUACAACCUACCGAAGACAAUUUGCAUUCGCCUGAAUCAACGACCAAAAUUGUCGAUCAGCCUGAUAAAAUAACAGAUGCUCCUGAACAACAUGACGAAGAGGUCUUGCAAUCAGCCAGUGUCGAUUCAUUGUCGCGUGAUAUUCUUAAAUAUCGUCACGAUUCGCAAUCAGGUGAAUCUCAUCAAACAGAGCGACGUCCUUUGAGUCCACCAGGAUCGCCAUUAUUGAAAAAUGAAUUUGUUCAUGUCACAUGCUCAUCAAUGAGCGAUGUUGAUGAAGCGCAAAAACAAUUACAGCAUGAACAAGACGAUCAUCCAGGUUUACAGAAAAUGAUAAUCGAUGUUAUCCAACAGGCGCGAGUGAACGUUCAAGGCGAGCAUUUGGAUAUACCACAAAUAAGAAAAAAAUCGAUUACCGCACUCUCUACUGAUCAACGGCGUGCACCUCACAUUCAAUCAUCAGGAACAAGUAUAUCAGAUGACUUAGAUCAUUCUCAUGAAGAUAGCACUGGUGAUCGAUCGAGUGAAUUAGCUGCUCAACUUGAUUAUCUUCGACGGAUGUCACGCUAUGAACAUUUAAUGGAUGAACAGCAUCAACGAGAUGAAACAGAAGCUGAUCAAGCAGAUGGGAGAGACAAUGUUUCUCAUACGACAGUUGGUGAUGAAGAAGCAGAAUUAGCUUCGAACCAUUAUUUAAAGAGUGUUCGUGAAGAGCAACUUCUAUCGGAUGAAGACGAAGAUAAUGAAAGUAAAAAGAAGUCGAAACGGCAAUCAGUCACUGAUGACCAUGACAAAUCAUUAUCAGAACAUCAUGAUUCCGAUGACGACGACGACGACGAUCACGAUCACAAAGGUGAUAAACCAUUAGUUUCGUCUACUACUCAAGAAACAACUUCAUCCGAAUCCCAACAACAGCAACCUUCGACUUCAAAUGAAUCAAAUCAAAAGCAAACUUAUCAAUCUUCACAACAACAACAACAAAGUCAACAAGAAAUGGAAAUGAGCACGGACUCUAUCAAUGAAGAAAUGAUCAUUAGCCAAGAUUCUCUUAAACAACAGUCAUCUGAUUCUCUCGAUUCGGAACAAGAAUUAAAACUUAUUUCACCAAAAACUCCUGUCCAACCGCCAAACGAAACAUAUGACUUCAUCGUGAAACAGCACCAAAGUGAACCAACGCCGAGUCAAAUGAUGAAAAAAUAUUAUGAUGACGAUGAGUCAAAUGAUCGCCAGCCAUCAGCCGAUCGAUAUCCAUUAAUAUCCAAUGAGAUCGACAUCGGUCAAUUACCAGUUAUUCACGCGCGUCGUACAGCAAGUGAAAACAGUCUUUUCAGUACAUCGUCAACACCGUUACACAUGUACGAUGGUCACUCCUUGUCCGCAUCGUGUUUGACCGGUCAAGAUGAAUUAACACCGUCGAAUGAAUACAUGGAUGACCAACAACAGAUUUUAUACGAUGAAUCACAGAAGAAUCAACAGAUCUACCGUGAAACCACUCGAAAAGAUGUCGAUGACGAUAAUAACGAGUUUAAUCCAGGUUCAUCUCCAUCAACAAGUGCAGUUGGAUUUUUUGAUCGUGUCAAAGCAUUUGUUGCUAAACCAGUAGAAAUGGUUCAGGAAGUUAUGGAGAAUCGUCGCAAGCAACGUUCAACAUCUUCAUUGAACAGUAAUUCUGAUUUUACUGAAAAACAACUUGUGGACGAUGAAAACGAACCGUUGACAUCAUCACCACAACAACAUUUUCAUUCAGCCUAUGAAUUACACGAUGACGAACAAAACAAACUCGUUCGUAGUCCCGAACUAUACGAAAUAGAUAAUAUCAACAAUCUCGAUCAAACAACCUUACCGCAUUUACAUGCACAAAAUCGUACACAAUCCGAAACAGUAUUGACAACGGGCGGUUCGAAACGUGAUAGUUUAAUAGCGGCCAACAAUGAAGUCUCGGAAGGAUUUUUACCGGCGAUCUCGAAAGACAACUCACUAGAAUUCAUACAUCAACAACACCAACGGCAUUCAACGCCAUAUGAUGAUGCUGUGGAAAAAGAAUCGAGUCCUGAACAUUCUGAAUCGUGCAGUAUACCAACAUCAGCAUUUUUAGAUACAUUUGAACCAACAAGUAGUUGUCAAAGACCGCUAGCACUGAGUGCACCUGGACAACAAUUGCAAGAAAAAGCUGAUGAAACAAUGACGGAAGAAGAAUUCGAUAUUCUGACGUCUGAUUACGUUAAUCAAGUAUUAACCGAUGUUGUAGCUCAAAUGACUGGUGAACAUGAUGAUUCGUCUCACAGCAACAAAAGUGAUCAGCAACUAGGCGACGGUACUUCAUCUGAUGAUGAUGAUGGAGAGGAAGAAGACGGACUUCGUGAAGAGGGUGAAGACGAACAUAAACAAAAUCAAAUACCAACCGACACAAGUUCGUUUGGUUUUAACGAUCACUACAGUGCUGAUGAAUCUUCGAAUACUCGUGAUCAAUCUGCUGAUGAAGAUCAUUCAGCCCGAUCAUCGACCACAACAACGCCAACAAAGAAUCUCCAUCACUCAUAUACAGAUGCUGACAUUCUUAAUCUUGAGCGAUCUCCAAAAGCAUCAUCACCCCUAUCACCACCACCACCACCAGUCAUUGUUCGUCAUGGUUCUCAAUCUGAUACGGGAACAUACUUUAGUGCAAUAUCACCAUCCAGCGGUGGCGAAUAUGUCGAUGUUCGCAGCACCAAUUCGACAGUUGAUGAUGACAAAGUACGUCUUCAACCACCGACCCAAUCGAAUUCUAGUCAAUAUUUAACCGCCGAUGAUGAAACACCAAACUUCUUAACGUCUGAUGAUAAUGAUUAUGCUGAUGAAAGCGGAACAAUCAAUCCUGGCUAUGAUGAUUCGAGUUCCGAUGAAAAACAAUCGAAUGAAAUUCAAUCACAAUUCUCGAGUACAGCAACCAAUGAAAAACUUCGAGAAGAGAAAUAUUCGGGUGAGGGUGAAGAGAGUAGCGGUGGAAAUCAAGAAACCACACAACGACGAAAACGUUCGAAUGAACAACGAUUUUCACUUUUGAAUGAUGCAACUGGAAAUCCCUCCGAAAAUAUUUCGUCGAAAAGCGUCUCAUUCAAAUUAGAUAGCAAUGAUAUUUCACCACGUUCACCGCGAUUACCACCAGGUAGCAGUGGAUUUACCGGCGGAAACUUUCAACGAGAAGAAAGUGUAGAUUCACUAAAUGGUGAUUCGAAUGAAAAACAGUUAAUCAAAAGCAUUCAAGAGGAAAUUCUUCGUACUAAUCUUGCAACAUUGAAAACAGAUUUAGAAUUAGGUGAAAACCAAACUUAUCCACUAGCAUCAACUCCACCGCUAGGAUCACCAACGAUACAAACAGCAACAAAAACUUUGUCUCAUUCGGAUUAUGAUGCUGGGAGUGAAAGCGACCGCGAUUCCUCGUUACUUGAUUCCAUUAAAUCGACUAUUCAUAUACAAUUAGAUGAUAUUUAUCAAGAAAAAGAAACAUUAAUUGAUCAAAUCAAGCUCAAAUUCGAACGUUCAUUAGAUCGCCUAAUCGAAAAAACUCUCGCUGGCGACGAUGACACCAAUAAAUCCGACAUAAUCUCGCCAUUCACUGAUCAAAGUCUGAAUCAAUCGCUGCCAACAAGUGAACCAGCAGCCGCAACAACCACCACUACAACAACAAAGCUCAUUCACGCACAUAGUGAACAACAGCUGCAAGCUUGUCCGGAUGAGCUUGACUAUGGUACAUUGCAACGUUUCAGUUCAGACAGUUGUAUCAUUAUUCGUGUACCUGAGCAAUAUACACCAUCUUCAACGUUAUUUUUCGAUCAAUUGAAAGCUGAACAACUUGAACAGAAACCAACAGUUAUCGAAAAGCCAACGUCAGCGUUUAGCUUCUAUACAAAACAAGAACAGCCUCAACCAUCGAGUAGUCCAAUCGAGAUGUUAACAACUAAAACAGAUUUGAUUGAAAAUAUCUCACCGAUAAAUCGUUACACACCACGUUCGUUAGACGAUUCUGCAUUAGAUUUUGGCGAACGAGACAUCGGAGAUGUAUCUGAUGAAUUCGUUUUAGUGAAGAAUAGUUCACCAUCGACAAACUCGAAGGAAAUUAAAACCGAUACACCAUCCAAUUCUUCAUCAAGUUCAUCUGAUAAACACGAAAGUCCAGACUUAAUUGAUAUUCUUCAACAUCAAUGCGAAUAUCCCCCACUUGAUACCGGGUUCGAUCUACGCUCGGGUACAACACUGGAAACCGUUUAUGAAAGUCCUGAGCUACGACAAGACGAGAUCAAACCUGCUCUUAGUACAUUAAGUUUAACAACAAGUGAUAUUCUUCGUCCGUAUUCAACUGAACAUAAUUCAUCAAAUACACCAAACACCGAUGAUUCAUUAAUGGAAUUCGAACGUAUUGAAAUGGAAUUGUUAAAGAAUACUUCAUCAACAAAUGUUAUCGAUGCAGCACGCGAAAUACGUUCAUCGGUUGAUUCGUUCAUUCAACAACAUGAAACAAAUGAAAACGCGAACAACAACAACAAAGUCGAAUCGUUUAUCGAAAAGCAUUUUUCAUCUGUUGAUAACGAUGUACAAAAUGUUCUCAAUGACAUUCUCGACAUGGCAGGUGAUUUAACUAAUUCUAUUUCGUCGCAAUCCGAUGCAACAACUGUUAUCGAAAAAUCACAACGUCAUUCGAUUGAUGAUGACUUCGUUGAAAUCACACAUGAAGACCUACAAAGCCAAGAACGGAAUCUAUUUUCAUCUGAUGAAGAUAUUCGUCAGCAUCAAACAACCUCAUCUAGUCAAGAUAAACGCCGUUUAUCCGCACCUACACAUGAUCAAGCAACAAGACGUAUUAAAACUCCUUCAUCCAGUUCAUCUUCUUCUUCCUCGUUUUCUUCAACGUCUCGUUCUGUGAUAUAUUCUCAACAACAUUCGAUUUCAUCCUAUCCUCAACAGCGGAUCUUACAAGCUGAAACUGACCUCGCUAGUUUUCGACAACAACCGCAGACGCAAUCGGCAACGGAUUUACCAUUUCUACCUCCGUUUGUCAAUGCCAAUCCGGUCCGUUCUCGACAUCAAUCAUCCGCAUCAGUUUCAUCGUCUCCAUCCGUUAGUCAAACAGAAUUGUCGACUAGCCAACCGAAGAAAAAAACUCACUCGCAUCCCGGUUCGUUAGGAGGUCAUCAUCAAUCUCCUCGAUCAACAUUACCUAAAGAAGGAGUCACUUCUUCGCCUCUCACAUCUAUGUCUUCGCAUUCAUCGUCUUCUUCUCAUCAUUCCGACGAUUGCUAUUGUGCAGAUCCAUCAACUAGUCAACAGCAUUAA